AUUGCUCGUUACGUGGCUUCUAGGAGACGUCGGAAUUCAUCGGUAUUAGUAUCUGUUGGUAUCUGACCAUAUCUGACUUCCGCUCUAUGUAAUCUGUCUCUUGAAAGCAUAUGUCGAAUUCAUAAUAAUGCAAAAACUGUUCAAAGCAGAAGAUUCCGAAUCCGAUGACAAUUUACAAAUUAAUACCAAUUAUGCCAGUAAUUAUAACUCUUGGCGGCAGAAGGAAGAAUUGAAUAAAUUAAAAACUAAAUAUGGUGAGUGCGCCGACUUGAAUAGUUCGAAUGAAUCGAGCGAUCUGUCGGAAGAAGAUGAGGAAGGAAAUGAACUCACUAGCCAGUUUGAAAGGGACUUCUAUAAAACGUUAUCCAGCUUAAAAGCCAAAGAUCCAAAAAUAUACAAUGGGAAUGUAACUUUUUUCGAGAGUUCAAAGAUAUCCUUGCAAAAUGAAAACGACAAAGGAACAAAAACAAAGGUUAAAAAUAAGAAUGGGAAAGACAAGCCAUUAUGUCUGCGUGAUUACGAGCGGAAUAUUAUUCUGGAACAUGAAGGAAAGUAUAGCGACAGUGACGAAGAGAAAAACACGAAAGAGAAAAUUCAUAAAUCUACAUACAUGGACGAACAGAAAAACCUUAAGGAGAGUUUUAGAAUGGCUUUGCUUAACGAGGACCAGGAUGAUAGUAUAUUGCUAAUUCCUAAAAAGAAGUCGGAACAACAAGAACAAAAGGAAGAAGAAGAUUACAAAGAAUGGUUAAAAGGUCAAGAAACUGCAAUCAAUGCUCAGGAUCAGCAAGAAUUAAAACCAUUGAAGGAUUUUUGGACCGAUCCUAAUUUGGAUAAAAAUGAAAAGUUCCUAAGGGAUUAUAUUUUAAAUAAGAAAUUUUUAGAUCAAGAUAAUGAGGAUGUGGAUGACGAUAAAUGGAAGGAUUUAUCAGAAGACGAAGAAAAUUUAAUACAUCAAGAGGAGUUUGAACACAAGUACAACUUUCGGUUUGAAGAACCUGAUCAGGAAUUUAUAAAAAGGUAUCCUCGUACAAUGAACAAUUCUAUGAGGAAAAAAGACACUCGCAGAUCAGAGAAAAGAGCUGAAAUUAAAAAGCGUAAAGAUGAGGAGAAACUGCGGCAGCUGGAAGAGUUGAAGAAAUUAAAAGCUCUGAAGCGAAAAGAAAUUGAAGAUAAAAUUCAACAACUCAAGCAAAUCACAGGAAAUGAUGACGUGCGAUUCGAUAACAUUGAUUUGGAUGCGGACUUUGACCCAUUGGAACAUGAUCGAAAAAUGCAAGAAUUAUUUAACGAAGACUUCUAUGCUGGAUGUGAAGAUAACGUUAAGCCCGAGUUUCCUGAUAUCGAUGAGGAAUUGGGAAUUGAAAGUACGUGGGAUAACUAUAACCCAAACGAUGAACAAAUUGCACUCACGGACGAUGCUUAUGCUAAUGGUCCACAUUGCGAAGAUCCUAAUUUCAACAUGGAUGCCGAUUAUGAUCCUUUGAAAAGCUUGAAAAACGAAAUGGUUCAAUCUACGGGGAAGAAGAAGAGACGACGUAGCAAAUUUGCCGAACUUAUUGCAAAAGAGAAGCCAAAAUUCGAUCCAAAUUUGUACUCGUCCUAUCAGGAAUACUUCGAUCAAUAUUAUGCUUUGGAUUAUGAAGAUCUGAUAGAUGAUAUACCAUGUAGAUUUAAAUACAGAACUGUUGUCCCAAAUGAUUACGGUUUAACUACCGAAGAGAUCUUGACUGCUGAUGACAAAGAAUUGAACAAGUGGUGUUCCUUAAGAAAGGCAUUGUCCCAUAAACCAGACCAUGUUGAGCAGAACGAGGUGAAGGUCUUUCGAGAAAAAGCCAAAAACGAAGCCCUAAAGAGGAAAAUUUUUAGAAGCAUGUAUAGCGUCGACUCAGAAGCUGACGUUCCGGAAGUGAAUGAAUUGAACAGCAAGGAGAAAAAUGCGGGAAAGGAGGACAAGAUAGGACUUAAGAGGAAGAGAAAACAUGGCGAUCAAAACCAAACGACGGACCAAGUUGUCCAUGAAAUCCCCGCGAAGAAAAAUCACAAAGAAAAAUUAAAGAGACAGGAAUGUGAAGAAAGUAAGAAACAGCUCAAAGAAGAAACGAAAGAGCUUUUCUCAGAUACUACAGGUUUAGAAGCUAAACUCGACCCUCGAGAAAAUGACAGAGUGGACGAACGAAGCGACGAAAAUCAAAAAAUUCGAGCGAAGUCGAGAAAAUCUGACAUUACUCAUAAUGGAAAUAAGGAUACUCUUCGAAAAAAUACAUCCUCUUCGAAAAAACGUAAACAAUUUAGGAAAAAGCCGACCAAAAACAAUUUAAUUCAGGCAGAACGGCACAAGAAAGGUGUUAAAACUAAAGGGGAGAGUUCCAAUCAACCUACGGAAUUAAGCGCGGAAAGAUUAAAAGCUUACGGAAUCAAUCCGAAGAAGUUUAAGAAUAAAUUGAAAUAUGGGAAAAAGUAAACCGACUACAAUAAACACCGAGAUGAAGAAGAGGAUUGCCACAAUCACUGAGUGAAUGCGGCUAAAUCGAUCGGUAAAAAUGCAAUGAAGUGUCCCGCGGGAGGUCUACAAGAAUCAUGUAUUAAAAAAAUUAGACAAUUAUAAAAUAAAAUGAUAAGAAAUACGCAUAAUAGUGCGUCAAUGUCGGAGUACUUGAAAAA